GUAAUGUAAUGUAAUGUAAUACAGCUUCCACAUCAGUCGUUGGACUUCAAUUGCUGUAUAGCAACACUAGGGGGCAGCUUUAAAACAUGAGAUACUCCUGAUUCUCUCGUGUCACCUAGUCAACUGAAAAUGUUUACUCCAAAUUCUACAUGCAUGCGACUGCAUUCUGCUGAAUUUAAAUGCUAGGCAUAUAUUUACUACGGUUGUAAUUUAGCGCAAUCCUACAUGUAGCCUAGUUAUGGCCUAUAGUGAACAGGUUGGACUAGUGGUUUCAGCCUGUUUCACUCGGUUAGAUUAGGUACAUGGUUUCUAUAGACACACGUUGUAGCCUAACUAAGAACAACAAAUAGCUGGAAGAAUAAAUAAACGAGACAAUGUUAAGUUGUGAUAAAUUAUUAUAAGAGUAGAACGCAAUAUGUUUUGUGGAUUUCACAAUAUCAAUAUUGUAAAGAAAAAAAAUUAUGUUGCGGCGGGUUAUCACGAUAGAUGCGCUUUUAAAUCAAUAAUAAUACAUUUUGGUAACAGUCACACAUUGUUUAGCCUAAUUUUGAAUAACAACUAUCUUAAAAAAUAAUUAGCAGUAAACUGACGAGGGUAUUAGGGAAAGCAGCAUAAAAAACAGCAUUUUUGAAAACCAAUAGGAGGUAGAAAAUAGCCUAGUUGAAAGAAAAAAACGCUUUUUUUAAGAAAAAAAGCUAACAGGUGUUCUGUAUUUUCGGAAUGUGCAUACAGUCACGCAUAGUAGAUUUAUCUCCUUUACUGUUUAGCUACCCCAUAGUGCACCCUGCAAGUAACGAGUUAACGACGUUAAUCCCGAUUGUAUUACGGAGAAGCAAACUAGAAAGCGAACAACCUCCGCGGAAGACCCGCCCAGCCGGUUUCAGCAUUGGUUUUCAUUGAAUGUUUUCAACCUAAUAUCUUCUCCCGAUUGGCUCGAAACUACGACAGUCAAUCUCGCCCGGUUGUCCCUCGGAGUAAUGAACAAGGUGAAAAUAACUUAAAAAAAAGUUAUCGAAUAAUUUGUCAUCCUGCUACAGCGAAGGCUGCUGCGUAGCUGGGAAUUUAUACCGGCUGAUCCUUGGAAAUACGCAGUGCAUGGUGCGGUUAUCUUUGCGGAAGAAGUACACGCUGGGUUUGUGAAGGUUGUACAGUAGCCUAAGGAGCAGACGUCGGAAUAGACGGGAAUAUCGCGCACACACUCGCUCUGUUCUUCCCGGUGCCAGGUGUGUUGUUGUGCCCUUUUCCGAAGAACACAUCUGCUGUUGUCGCCAGACAGGUGUGUGGAGUACACGCCGCCGAAUCUACCUAUUAUAGCCUACUUGGAUAAGAAAUAGAGAAGCUAAACGUUAAUUUACUAAAUCCAUUAAGACAAUAAUCUAAUGCGAUCUUCCGUUACAACCGCUCACAGGUGCAAUCGGAUGCGUGGAGAAAUACGUCUGUAAUUUAAAACUGGUUUAGUCUAUCUGUCUUGAGAAUCGCCUGGUCAGUGCAUGGAAUCUCACGGCGGAUCAGGUGGAGACGUGUAGUAGGGUAGCUAGCGCUACUUGUUUUUUUAUGUAGCUAAACGAAAACCUGUGUAUUCAAGAUGGACUGAGCCGUUUUGAGCACACUAAACUGGACAACAACGACUGUUGUAGCUACACACCUGUUUGUGUGCCUGGAAUGUUUUGACAGGCUAUCAGCUGAUAGUAGGCUGUUACUGACACAAAUACUCAGCUCGUAGCCUGUGCGUUUUUUUCGGAGUUGUGCGUUGUGAGUAGAUAGCCUAAUUAUAUUUGGACUAUUAAGAAAGUACGUCGUCGAUCAUAGAAUACCGUCUAGCUAUCGAUAGUAGGCUUUAAGGCUGUAAAAUAGAUAGAUUCGCCUAUUUAAACAAUAGGCUCAAACUGGAAUUAAAACAGGAGAGAGGCUGUAAGUGUUAUCUCACUUGCUCCGGGCACUGUACACCACUGACGCAGGCAGCCUUGAAUCUACAAUCUAUGAAAGUCAAGUUGACAUAGUUUUUUAUGCAUGGCACAAGUAAACAAAAGAAGGUGUAUUUUAUAACGAAGAAUUGUUAAAGGAAUGGAACGCAGCACGCCUGGGGAGACUGCUGCAUUUAAAAAUCGACAUCACUGUACAAUCGUUCUCUGCCUAGCUGCGUUUUAGAAAAAAAAAAGAAAAAAAAAAACGUAGUCUAGAAUAGCCUACUACGCCUGGCAUUCGACCCAUCGGAGACUUUUUGCAAAAGCUUUGGACAGGGCGCAAUCAUGUCCAAAACACUGAAAAAGAAGAAACACUGGUCUGGCAAAGUGCAAGAGUGUGCUGUGUCGUGGGGGAACGCCGGAGAGUUCAGCUCCGUGGUCGAAGUGCGGGGGGGAGCUGAGCUCGGAGAAUUCCCGUACCUGGGCCAGGUGAUGUCGGACGCGAUGGUGUGUCAUGUCGGCAGGGUGCCCAGCUCCGGGGACGUGUUGCUGGAGGUAAACGGAACCCCAGUAAGCGGACUGACAAAUCGCGAUACCCUGGCUGUCAUCCGUCACUUUCGGGAACCCAUCCGCCUGAAAACCGUCAAACCAGGCAAGGUGCUGAACACGGAUCUGCGCCAUUACCUCAGCCUGCAGUUCCAGAAGGGCUCCCUGGACCACAAACUGCAGCAGAUCAUCCGGGACAACCUGUACCUGCGCACCAUUCCCUGUACCACGAGACAGCCCAGAGAUGGGGAGGUCCCAGGUGUGGACUACAACUUCAUCAGCGUUGGGGAGUUCCGUAUCCUGGAGGACAGCGGACUGCUGCUCGAGAGCGGGACCUACGAUGGUAACUACUACGGGACCCCCAAACCGCCCGCUGAGCCCAGCCCCGUGCAGCCCGACCUGGUGGACCAGGUCCUGUUCGACGAGGAGUUUGACACCGAGGUGCAGCGCAAACGCACCACCUCCGUCAGCAAGAUGGACAGGAAGGACAGCGCCGCGCCCGAGGAGGAGGACGACGAGGAGAGACCCCCGCUGGUCAACGGCCUCACAGAGCACAAGGACGGGGCGGAGUGGAGAAAGGCGGUGCCCAGCUACACCCAGUCCAGCAGCGCCAUGGACUUCCGCAUGUGGAACUCCCUGCCCCGCGACGACAGCCAGGAGCCCCUGCCCAAGAACUGGGAGAUGGCCUACACCGAGACGGGCAUGGUCUACUUCAUCGAUCACAACACUAAGACCACCACCUGGCUGGACCCCCGCCUGGCCAAGAAGGCCAAGCCCCCCGAGAAGUGUGAGGACGGAGAGCUCCCCUACGGCUGGGAGAAGAUAGAAGACCCGCAGUACGGCACCUACUACGUGGACCACAUAAAUCAGAAGACUCAGUUUGAGAACCCAGUUCUGGAGGCCAAAAAGAAGCUGAACCAGGAGACACCCGCCGCCAGCCAGCAGGGGGCAGCACCACCCCCAGAGGAGGCAGGGGUACGGGGCUUCACUCGGGACCCGUCCCGGCUGCAGGGGGCGAUGAUUCGCACGGCGCUGAGGAAGAGCACGCAGGGUUUCGGGUUCACCAUCAUCGGGGGCGACCGGCCCGAUGAGUUCCUGCAAGUGAAGAAUGUCCUGAGGGACGGCCCAGCUGCACAGGACAACAAGAUCGCCUCCGGCGACGUGAUCGUGGACAUCAACGGGACGUGCGUCCUGGGCAAGACGCACGCCGACGUGGUGCAGAUGUUCCAGUCCAUCCCGGUGAACCAGUACGUGGACAUGGUGCUGUGCCGGGGCUACGCGCUGCCCGAGGACCCCGGCGGCAGCGACGAGGCGGGGGGCGAGGCGGCCACGGCCGUGCCGCUCAUCAACGGGCAGCCGGCGAACGGCUCCGCCCCGGAGCUGCACUACGUCACCACCGACGCCGCCGGCCGGCCCGCGGUGGCCGCCCUGCCCAACGGGCGCUUCCCGGAGGGUGCGGACCCCGCCCUGCUGCAGCCCGAGCUGGUGAGCGUGCCCCUGGUGAAGGGGCCCGGCGGAUUCGGCUUCGCCAUCGCCGACUGCCCCCUGGGCCAGAAGGUGAAGAUGAUCCUGGACGCGCAGUGGUGCCGGGGCCUGCUGAAGGGCGACGUCAUCAAGGAGAUCAACCGGCAGAACGUGCAGACGCUCAGCCACGCCCAGGUGGUGGACAUCCUCAAGGACCUGCCCGUGGGCAGCGAGGUCAACGUGCUGGUGCUGAGAGGAGGUCAGACGUCUCCUGUGAAGUCUCUAAAACCUCGCGAGGCUCCCCUUUCGCUGAAGCAGGAGGCGGUGGCCCCCGGCGUGGAGCCCCCGACCGCGUCCGAAGUGCCCCCGCAGCCCCUGCAGCCCCUGCCCUUCGCCCCCAGCACCGCGCGCUCCAACUCCCCCAAGCCGGACCCCACCGAGCUCUACAUGAAGUCCAAGGCCCUGAUGGAGAGCAAGCCACCCAACACCAAGGAUCUGGACGUCUUCAUCAAAAGGAACCAAGAGUCCGGGUUUGGGUUCCGUGUGCUGGGAGGGGAAGGCCCAGAUCAGCCAGUGUACAUUGGCGCCAUCGUGCCCCUGGGCGCCGCGGAGAAGGACGGGCGCCUGCGGGCCGGGGACGAGCUCAUGUGCAUCGACGCCGUGCCGGUCAAGGGCAAGUCCCACAAGCAGGUGCUGGAGCUGAUGACCAACGCCGCCCGCAACGGUCAGGUCAUGCUGACCGUGCGACGGAAGGUGGUCUACACAGAGGGGGGUGCAGAAGAGGAUGGGCCGCAGCUCCAGGCCCCCCCCGCCGUGGUGAACGGCUCUCCCAAACUGCCCCGUGUGGAGGACCCCGUACCCGCCGAGCAGGAGUCCUACGACGUCACGCUGCAGCGCAAGGAGAACGAAGGCUUCGGCUUCGUCAUCCUCACCUCCAAGAACAAGCCUCCACCUGGAGUGAUACCUCAUAAGAUCGGACGCAUCAUCGAAGGAAGCCCCACCGACCGCUGCGGCCGGCUCAAGGUGGGCGACCGCAUUUCGGCGGUCAACGGUCAGUCCAUUGUGGAGCUGGCGCACAACGACAUCGUGCAGCUGAUCAAGGACGCGGGGAACGCCGUGACCCUCACCGUGGUGCCGGAGGACGAUCACAGCGGGCCUCCGUCUGGAACCAGCUCCGCCAAGCAGAGCCCCGCGACGCAGCACCGAGCCGUGGGCCAGCAACCGGCCAACCGCGAAGACCGUCCCAGCCAGGAUGCAGAUGACAAGGAGGGGGUCCCCUGGGCGGAACACAAGAGCCUUCCACAGAGCGAGCCUGGAACUCUGAGCACCACGGGCCCCAAACAGGGCUGCUUCCACGUGGAGCUGGAGCGGGGGCAGCGGGGCUUUGGCUUCAGCCUGCGGGGGGGCAAGGAGUACAACAUGGGCCUGUUCAUCCUGCGACUGGCCGAGGAUGGCCCCGCCCUCAAGGACGGGAGGGUACACGUUGGGGACCAGAUAGUGGAGAUCAAUGGGGAGCCCACCCAGGGCAUCACCCACACUCGGGCCAUCGAGCUCAUCCAAGCCGGGGGUAACAAAGUCCUGCUGCUGCUGAGACCUGGCCUGGGCCUGGUUCCUGACCACAGUAAAAUGGUUUCACCCACAAGCUUCCCAAGAGUUUCAGCGUCAGAUGAGCAGUCAUCCCCUGCUGCCCCCUCCUCCAUGUCCAUCUCCACCUCCACCUCUGAGCCCUCCCCAGCACCCGCCCCCGUCAAGGCGCAAGAGGAGACCCCCGGCUGGGACGCGAGCGCCCCUCCCCCUAGAGCUCCCGAACCCCGAGCCGGCGACAGCGAGCGAGCGGGCCCCGAGCCGGUCCGCGAGCAGGCCGGCAAGGCCCGAGGGCAGCAGCCCCCCCAGCAGCACCACCACAAGCAGCCCCCCAGCCCCGAAACCCUGGAAACCCGGAAGUCCGUCCCCAAGAAAAGAGACUCCAGCGUGGAAGACAGGGCUGGCAGCCCGCGCAAAACCACCGGGGGCCAGGGGGGCGGCGCCAGGGAGCGGUCCCGGAGCCCGCGGAAGACCGAGAGGAACCCGCCCGCCCCCACCGAUAACACCAAGAGCGCUUCAGCCGGCCCGCGGGAGGCGGAGCCCGGCAAGGAGAGGAAGGCCCGCGCGCACAGAGACAGCCGCGCCUCCAGCCCCAGGAAGUCAGCCGCAAAAGAGCAGGACGCUGUCGCCAGGCAACCGUCCAAGAGACAGGAGGAGCAGCAGCCCAGGAGGGCGGGGGGGCAGCAGCCCGGCGCCGCCGGUGCCGAGGGCAAAGAGAAGAGACGCAAGGACGAGGACGCCAAGCGCCGGCCCGAGAGGGAGGCGGCCGGAGGCAGUAGGGAGGCGGCCAGGGCGACCAAUGAGCCACGUAGGAAAGAGAAGGAGGCGGGGCGGGAGGCCGGGGCCCAGCGAUCCCACUCCCAGGCACACAGAGAGAAGGGCGGGGCGGAGGACGCGGGCACCCGGAAGGAGCAGAGAGAGAAGGAGAAAGAGAGGGAACAAGACCGGGCGAGCAAGGAGUCCAGGAAGAAAGGAACAGCCACAGAGGAGAACAAAAAGGACCCCAAGGGCUCCACCAGCUCCAUCCAGGAGCCCCCCUGCAAUGGGAACCCCACCAGCAAGAAGGCACUCAUAACCCCUGGCCCAUGGAAGGUCCCCAGCACAGCAAAAAUCAUGUCCCGGUCAGAGGUGACCCGAGAGGCAAACUGAUGACUUAUGGGCAAUGUAGUCAUCAGAGAAGAUACAGGCCAUAUACAGCUCGUUGGCCUCCAUUUUUAAGCUAGUCGCAGCACACCAAGGGCAUAUUUGUGAUGCUGUGUACCAGUAUAAUACAUCCACAUUGGUUCAGAGUGCACAUUAGUUUCACCUCUGCACCACAUACACCAUGAAGUCAGCUUUUUCCUUGUUUCUUUGCCUUACGUUUUAUUUUUAUGGUCUUUUGGUAAUUUCUUUUUUUUUUUUUUUGAAGGAAGAACAGUGAGGACAUUCUCAUUUUUUACCUGUGAGCUCUGCCUAGCCAACAGUGAUGUCUGUCAGUCCUAUUACGUGCCAACCGGGGGCUCAUGGGAAGAACUGUGUCCAUGUCUCACCUUUUCUGUCAGGCUUCCAUGUACAGUGAAGAAAAUUGGCUUCUAUCGCUCACAGGCAUAUGAAGGAUGAUAUUCUGUGCUUCUAAGAUCCACAGACUUGUGUACAGACAUUCAGCUGCAUUUCCCCCUUCCGCCUCCAGGGGGCUUCAUUUACUGCAUGCGUUUACUAUGUUCUAUCCGAGGUUUUCGAUUGUGUACCUUUUUGGCAACAAGGAGGUCCCUCCUCACUGUUUUCUGUCUGUAUCUAGAAAUCCAGUCGAGAGACGUUGAUUGAAUAUGUACACGUCGUGUGUAGACUCCAGAUUGCUAUGUAAUCAUCAGCUUUGCGGUGGAUUUUAGACUUUUUGAACCAUAGACUUGAUAUGUAUCUUAUUAAAAAAAGACCAGAUACUUGUGGUUAAGUAUAUUGUUUACUACAUGUAUGUUUAUGAUGAAGCAUAUCUAAAUUAUUGAGAUAUAUAUGAAAAAAGAGUAUAUAAAUAUAUGUAUCCAUUCUGAGCCAUUCCACAUUUUGCUGUCGUGCUCCAGGUUUAAUUCAGAGUGCUAAGGGCCUGCACCAUCCUUCUGGUCGUUAUUGUUGUUAGCAGCUUUUCUUAGGUUGUCUGUUAAAAGUGUGUAUACAGCAAGCAGGCAGGUAUGUGUUAUAUACAAUGCAAUAGCUUGAACUGUCUUUUUAUUAUAUGUGUGUAUCAUUUGGCUAUGCAUAUCCCGAACUACUCUUGGGGAAAUUCAAAUUUGGUCUUCUUUCACAUGAAUGCUUGGCUGUGUGAUGCCCUAAGAUACUUUUCAAGUAAGCUGAUUCAAAGGCCUACUGCUUUGUAUUUCAUUCACAGUAAAUUGUCAGCAUUAAUGUACAUUAUCUCUCAAUAUCAGCAUUUAUGCAUCAUUCAUUUGAUGUUCCAGGAGCUCAGCUUUCAGUGUUUUUGAAAAAUACCGUAGAAAUGUUUCAAACUUUGAAGAUUUUAUUACAGUACAUUUUUAACAAGACAGCUGCCACAUGUUAGAGAUGACUGAAAGCAAAUAUCAUAUGAAGUCUUUGGGGGUCACAGUGUAUGUGUGUGUGUGUGUCUGUCUGUGUUCCUGUAGGUGUUCCUGUAUGUGUGUGUGUGUGUGUGUGUGUGUCUGUCUGUGUUCCUGUAGGUGUUCCUGUAUGUGUGUGUGUGUGUGUGUGUGUGUGUGUUCUUGUGCAUGUGCCUGUACAUGUUUGUGUGUGUGUGCGCGUGUGUGUGUGUGCGCGUGUGCGCGUGCGAGAUAGAGAGCGACAUUGUGUUCUCAUGAGGAAGGUGCACUAUGAAGUAUCAUCUUUAGGUUAAGUGGUAGAUUAUUAUUGCUGAAUGGGAUACAUAGAGUACAAGACAGUUUAAUGAGAGUGCAUGGCUUCAUGUUGAAGGCAUCGUGCUUAUCUUUGAAGGUUGAGCUCAGGGGAACACUCACAUGAUCAUAUCUACAUAUGAUUUAUAUACAUGCAAUCGUGAAAUACUUCACAGUAUGCCUGUUGUAUUACCUACUGUACAAAGUGAACAACGAUUAAAACAGACAGGCCACUGCGUUAAUGUCACUGAGAUAUGGUUUGACUCUUGUGCUUAACCAGGUGGAUGAUUUCUCAAAACUAACUGCAGUUUAAAGUUUCCAAAGAAAAUGUUACUUUUCGAGAAAGAAAAAAAACACUUUUAUACUCAAGCAGAGGGUCAGAAGGUCAUUUACUCUAGGCAGCAUUGAGGAAUAUCCAUUUGAAACAAACUCCAGAACAAAGCCCAGCAUCUCAGCUUUGGGUGGUAGAGAAAUGGUUUCAGUGACAAGAUAUUGUCUCUUCCAUUCUGUUCCCAGGUAACAUUUAACUUUCUCACAAUGUUGCUCUAACUUCUUUUCCUCUCAAUAUGGCUACCAUAUUACGCAAAACGGAUAUGUGCGUGUGUUAGAUGGGCUCCAGUACUUUGUUGAGCCCGCUCACUGAAUUAAGUUCUGGAACUGUAUGGACUAAGUCUAUUCUUUCUUGUGGAUAUUCUGUGGUGCUGCUAACCAUAGCUUGUGGGAUUGAGUGCUCUUUUGGACUGUUCCAACACAUAUUCAUGUCAUCUGCACUGAUGGUGUUUUCCCCAAGUCUCUCAUAGUCCAUACCAGUGUCUGUUUAUAAUAAUGUGGCCUUGCAUCGCUUUAACAGAAAAGGCCUUUUUGGUCUCUACAUUAUGUGGUAGUUGUAAAUGUUUAUAAAUUGUACAGCACCUUUAUAAAUACUUGCAGAGUCCUCAUUCAAAUAAAAUCUGUAAAUCGCUCCAUUAUUUUUUUAAGUAAUUGAAAAGAAAAUGAUUAAAAGUGGAAAAAGGAAA